AUGCCAUUGAUCGGUAUUACCUUGCAAAUAAUUGAAUCUUAUGUUAUAUUGAUCGCGCACCGAACAGAAUAUUUAGACAGAAGCGGUAAACACGCUAAGGCAAUAUGUCAGGAACUCACGCUCUAUAGCAGACCUGAGGAACAGUUUAUUGAGCUCACCAAAGCCACCGGCCAUGUACCAGAAUCAACAGUUGAGAAAGUGUACAACCAACUCAAGCCGGUCGCUCCGUCCUUCCUGAUAGGCAAGUGGGACGGCGGUGAUAUCGAUACUGGACAUAUUGGGCACAAGCUUUUGAAGGAAAUGAGAUGGGCUGGGAAGGAGUUCCGGUCGGUAGACGACGGUGAUCCGAUCAUGGUUUAUGAUGCAGAAGGCAAUCGGGUGUGGAAGAAGGACUGGGGGCAUUGCUCGCUACGGGAGAUGGUCUAUCGAAGGGUAACCUCGACCACCAUGAUCUACGACGAAAAGCCAAUUUUUGACCACUUUCGCUAUGUGUCCGACAAUAUGGUUGCAGGUGCCAUGGAUACACCCAAGCUGUUUGGUCCCCAGGGUACUUACUAUUUCUAUUUAACUCGGCGCACUCGAUCCUCGCUGUGA